UGCGCUUCUUCGGCUGACGGUUCUGCUCUGGCAGGUCGCUGGCCAUGGUGUGCCAUGGGGUUGACUACGGUUGGAGUACGAGAGACGAGAGACUAGAGACUACGAGAAGCUGAAGAGAGACAUCGUCACGGACGGUCGAGACAUCAAGAAGUCGAGGCUUCGAGAAACCAAGUCCAAGUGAGACUUCUCUUUUGCUAUCAAAACCGACGGCCGGACGCUCGCGGAUCCCGUUUAUAUUUAUGCUUGUGAAGAGGCACACUCGAAGAUGACGGCUCUAAACGACUACUGCAGGCACCGCCACAGGCUGGAGACGCGAUGGAGGCCGCGAACCACAGUGGCAAGCCUGGGAGGAAAAGUAAGCCCAGCCAGCAGGAAGAAGAAAUGCGCGAGAGGCCCCCCAAGCCUUGAAAUGUCAAACACCCCACCUCAUCCCUGGGAUUGUGAGACACCAGUGGAGGGCCCAUACAGCGUGAUUCGAACGGGCAUGAGGGCGGGUUCCAGGGUGAUACGGAACAAGAGGUACAUGACAGCAUAUAAGUAUUUUUACGGGCCAUGGUCCAACCAGGUCUGUUCCCUCGACUUGAAGGAUGUGGAAGCAUCAGACACAGAGGGAAGAAAGUGAGGAGUGACCAAAAAAAAAAAAAAAAAG